GACAGAGCCUCUGGGUCGGUGAUCGGUACAGUUUCUGCACCUCGCGCCCCGGCAGGUAAAUUAACAUGAUGGAUUUCUCCAAGCUCCCCAAAAUACGUGAUGAAGAUAAAGAAAGCACAUUUGGUUAUGUGCAUGGGGUCUCAGGACCUGUGGUUACAGCCUGUGACAUGGCAGGCGCAGCCAUGUAUGAGCUGGUGAGAGUGGGCCACAGCGAGUUGGUUGGAGAGAUUAUCCGAUUAGAGGGAGACAUGGCUACCAUCCAGGUGUAUGAAGAAACUUCUGGUGUGUCUGUUGGAGACCCUGUACUUCGCACUGGUAAACCCCUCUCAGUUGAGCUUGGUCCAGGCAUUAUGGGCGCCAUUUUUGAUGGUAUUCAAAGACCUUUGUCGGAUAUCAGCAGUCAGACUCAAAGUAUUUACAUUCCCAGAGGAGUAAAUGUGUCUGCUCUUAGCAGAGAUGUCAAGUGGGAUUUCACACCUUGCAAAAACCUACGGGUUGGUAGUCACAUUACUGGUGGAGAUAUUUACGGAAUUGUCAAUGAGAACUCUCUCAUCAAACACAAAAUCAUGUUGCCUCCACGAAACAGAGGAACUGUCACCUACAUUGCUCCACCUGGAAAUUACGAUACCUCUGAUGUUGUGUUGGAGCUUGAAUUUGAAGGUAUAAAGGAGAAGUUCAGCAUGGUCCAAGUAUGGCCUGUACGUCAGGUUCGGCCUGUCACUGAGAAGUUGCCAGCUAACCAUCCUCUGUUGACUGGCCAAAGAGUCCUUGAUGCCCUUUUUCCAUGUGUACAGGGAGGAACUACUGCAAUCCCCGGGGCUUUUGGCUGUGGGAAGACAGUGAUAUCACAGUCUCUAUCCAAGUAUUCCAACAGCGAUGUGAUCAUCUACGUAGGAUGUGGUGAGAGAGGAAACGAAAUGUCGGAAGUCCUCCGGGACUUCCCAGAGCUCACAAUGGAAGUCGAUGGUAAGGUAGAGUCAAUUAUGAAGAGAACAGCAUUGGUAGCCAAUACAUCCAAUAUGCCUGUGGCUGCUAGAGAAGCUUCUAUUUAUACUGGAAUUACACUGUCAGAAUAUUUCCGUGACAUGGGCUAUCAUGUCAGUAUGAUGGCUGACUCCACCUCUCGAUGGGCUGAGGCUCUUAGAGAAAUCUCUGGUCGUUUAGCUGAAAUGCCUGCAGAUAGUGGAUAUCCUGCAUAUCUUGGUGCCCGUUUGGCCUCUUUCUAUGAGCGAGCCGGCAGAGUGAAGUGUCUUGGAAAUCCUGAGAGAGAAGGGAGUGUCAGCAUUGUAGGAGCAGUUUCUCCACCUGGUGGUGACUUUUCUGAUCCAGUUACAUCUGCUACUCUUGGUAUUGUUCAGGUGUUCUGGGGCUUAGAUAAGAAACUAGCGCAACGUAAGCAUUUCCCUUCUGUCAAUUGGCUGAUCAGCUACAGCAAGUACAUGCGUGCCUUGGAUGAGUACUAUGACAAACACUUCACAGAGUUCGUUCCUCUGAGGACCAAAGCUAAGGAGAUUCUGCAGGAAGAAGAAGACUUGGCAGAAAUUGUACAGCUGGUGGGAAAGGCUUCUCUAGCAGAAACAGAUAAAAUCACUCUGGAAGUAGCAAAACUUAUCAAAGAUGAUUUCCUUCAACAAAAUGGAUAUACUCCUUACGACAGGUUCUGCCCAUUCUACAAGACAGUGGGGAUGCUGUCCAACAUGAUCGCCUUUUAUGAUAUGGCCCGCAGAGCUGUUGAAACCACUGCCCAGAGUGACAAUAAAAUCACAUGGUCCAUUAUCCGUGAGCACAUGGGGGAGAUCCUCUAUAAGCUUUCCUCCAUGAAAUUCAAGGAUCCAGUGAAAGAUGGUGAGGCGAAGAUCAAGGCCGACUAUGCACAACUUCUUGAAGAUAUGCAGAAUGCAUUCCGUAGCCUUGAAGAUUAGAACUGUGAUUUCUCUCCUCCUUUUCCUGAGCAAGCUCUCAUAUGUGUAUAUUUUCCUAAAUUUCUCAUCUUGGACCCUUUGCUUCUUUACUGUGCAGGUUUGAGACUAGUGCCUCUGUGUGUAAUCAUUUGUUUCCCCAUUUAUUUGAUAGGUCUUAUAUAAAACAAACAUUCCUUUGUUCCAGUGUUUGAAG